AUGACCACGCAAGUCACUCAAAGCGGUAAUCACUAUAGUCUUGCUGCCACGGGAGACAAACCUAACCAAAUGGCGCCUACACGCGUGAACGGGACGCGUUUGAUGAAUUCGAUCCACGAUACUUGCGACUUUGGCAAGGCCCACCCGUACGGAACACAUCACACUGAGACCGGAAUGGCACGGCUGGUUCUGAACGAUGACGACAAGAAAGUCCGGGAAUGGCUGGCCGAGCAAGUCAAGGCCGUGGGCUUCUCCAUUACCGUGGACGAGAUGGGAAACAUGUUUUCUGUUCGUCCGGGCAAGAAUAAAACGGCACCCCCGGUCAUGAUGGGCUCUCAUCUAGACACUCAGCCAACAGGGGGUCGUGAGGAGGUCGCGCGGUUCCCGAUUGUCACGGUCUCAUCUGGGGUAUGGGCCGGUACGAUCCCGCUUGGAAAGGCAUGGAACUGUCGCGAAGUGACCUCGAAGGAGGUAAGAACAAUGAAGCAAGAGCUGGAACGCAUCGGAUUCCUCGGUCAGGUCCUCGCCUCUUAUACGGCUCAGCCCAUCGCUGCGCACUUUGAGCUUCACAUUGAGCAGGGGCCUAUCCUUGAAAACGAGAAGCAAAAGAUUGGUGUCGUGACUGGCGGCCAGGCAUACAACUUGUACGAAUUGGUUGUUCGAGGUCGGGAUAGUCACUCCGCUACCACACCAUAUUUCUCGCGGAAAGAUGCUCUGCUAGCUGCGGCCAAAAUGGUUGCUGUUUCCAAUAAGGUUGCUAAGGACGCCGCGGGGCUGAUCACUACUGGAAUCUUUGAUUUCGCACCCGGUAGUAUCAACACUAUGACACACACGUUGUUUGAUAGCAUUGCAAAGGAGGAAAGUGAGCUCGGGGUGGAAGUUUCGUGGACCACACUGACGGAGAAUGCCGCCGUCGUGUUCCACCCUGACUGCGUUGCUGCUGUUGAGCAGUCCUCUGAGGAGUUAACAGCCAGUGGCGAUGCCUCUUCAAAACACACCAAGUUAUGGGGACAAAUGCUGAGUGGCGCGGGACAUGAUAGCUGCAAUACUAACAAGCGAUGUCCAUCAGCCAUGAUUUUCACACCCACGCGAAAUGGAAUGAGCCACACUCCAAAUGAGUAUUGUAGCCCCGAGGAUUGCACUCUUGGGGCGGAGGUUUUGAUGGGGGCUGCAUUGAAAUACGAUGCUCUGCGAGCCCAACGGGGGGUGUUCGAUUAG